GUCUGGAGCAACUUCCAGCAGUGCUUUGCGCCCGAGUACCGGCGCGUGACGCUGAUGAUGAUGGCCGUGUGGUUCACCAUGUCCUUCAGUUACUACGGGCUGACGGUGUGGUUCCCGGACAUGAUCAAGCACCUGCAGAACAUCGAGUACGCCUCGCGCACCAAGCUCUUCACCCGCGAGAAGGUCCGGCACUUCACCUUCAACUUCACCCUGGAGAACCAGAUCCACCAGGGCGGGGAGUACUUCAACGACAAGUUCAUCGGGCUGAAGAUGAAGUCGGUGAUAUUCGAGGACUCGCUCUUCGAGGAGUGCUACUUCGAGGACAUCACCUCCAGCAACACCUUCUUCAAGAACUGCACCUUCAUCUCCACCGUCUUCUACAACACAGGGGUGGGGGUGGCCCCACCAACCGUUUCCUCCGUGCCUGCAGAUCUCUUUGAGUACAAGUUCAUCAACAGCCGCGUGGUGAACAGCACCUUCCUGCACAACAAGGAGGGCUGCCAGCUGGACUUCAGUGACGACAACAACGCCUACAUGAUCUACUUCGUCAGCUUCCUGGGCACCCUGGCCGUGCUCCCCGGGAACAUCGUCUCGGCCCUGCUCAUGGACAAGAUCGGCCGCCUCCGCAUGCUGGCCGGCUCCAGCGUCAUGUCCUGCGUCAGCUGCUUCUUCCUCUCCUUUGGCAACAGCGAGUCGGCCAUGAUCGCGCUGCUGUGCCUCUUCGGCGGCGUCAGCAUCGCCUCCUGGAACGCCCUGGACGUGCUCACCGUGGAGCUCUACCCCUCCGACAAGAG